UUUCUUUCUACCAAUGCUUCUUUUAAAGUAGUCUGAUCUACCCCUGCUCUCUGCUAUCUCCUGCAUUCCUGGGACGCUCUGGAAAGAAGCAUGUACUCUACAAGAAGGAACUGGCUUCUGGCUCUGGACCUACUAUUGACUCUCCUCGUGACUAGCAUGCAAGCAGAUACUUCGGAACCUGACAAGAUUGUGCUAUCUGGCAGCAAUGUGACUCUGCAAAUCUCCAAAGGACCACCAGGCAAUGCCACCCAUGUAACUUGGCUCUACACCACCAAUCAAAAGAUUGUAGAACACAAUCCCAACAUACCUCCUAAGUACUUCAAUUCUGUAUUUAAGGACAGGGUCAAGCUUGAUCUUCAAAGUAAUGCGCUGCAUAUCUAUCAUGUCCAAAAAUCGGAUAGUGGCACCUACUACUUUAGAAUCUUGAAGAAUGGAGAAGAAAUGCAGUGGGAGAUACCCCUGAAGGUGCUUGACCCUGUACUCACGCCUAUCAUAAACAUUGAGAAGACAGAAGAAUUGGAUGGCAACUGUUAUCUAAGGCUGUCCUGUGUGGUAAAUCAAUCUGCGGACUACCUUUGGUAUAAGGACUCCGUCCCCUUUCCCAAGGAACUCCAGAGAAAUACACUUGAAGCCACCGUGACGCCACAGAACCAAUCCAAAUCAUACUCCUGUCAAGUCAGCAAUCUUUUAAGUAGCAAGAAUGAUACAGUUUACUUCACUCCACCCUGUACUCUAGCUCGAUCCACUGGAGUAAAAUGGAUGGCAAAUUGGCUUGCGGUCAUGAUGCCCACUAUUCUUGGCCUUCUACUUAUCUCAGACGAACUCUUCUGAUUCAAGAGUGAAACAUCAAGGCCAGAGGAUUUUACAAUAAUAUUCUUAACCAGGACAGGAGUUCUGGCUAUGUGGAAUGGGAGAAAAUGUGUUGUUGAAGCACAUCAAUGAACUUUAACAAAUUGUGGUUAUUAUUACAUUUUAUAUCUCCUAGUUGUUUUCUAACAUCCUAUAAAGAUUCUAAUGUAUUCCCUCCACCCCCAAAAGUGACUCUACUGUGCUAAUUUUUU